CUCCUUGCGUCCAACAAAACCUGAAGAGCGAGAAGGUCGAAGUUCUUAUGUCUUUGCUGGUCUUGGAUGGAAUCCGUGCUGGGGGCUGAUCGAAAGUGUUGGUGAGGAGGAGGAGCGGCAGUAGGAUUUUAACAACAGCCAGCACAUUUUAGACUGCUGUGGACGGAUCGCAUCGUUGAUCGCUCAGCGUGGUCGCGAUGGCGGUACCGAUGGCCGCCCUCAGUAGCGCUUGCGCUGCCUUCAUGCUGCUCGUGUCGGUCUUGCCGGUUGUGCCGCUCGCAUCUGGGUUCUACUUGCCUGGCGUGGCGCCCCUGGACCUUGCUCAGGGUGAUGAUGUUCAAGUGAAGGUGAACAAAUUAACAUCCACGAAGACACAACUUCCAUAUGAAUACUACUCUCUUGACUACUGCACGCCGAAGAAAAUUGAAAACAUGGCUGAGAACCUUGGUGAGGUUCUUCGAGGCGACCGCAUUGAGAAUUCUCCUUACAUUUUUCAAACGAAAAUAGAUAAACAAUGCCAAAUUGUUUGCAAAAAGAAGCUCAGUGAAAAGUCUGCCAAGCUCUUCAAAGAAAGGAUUAAGUAUGACUACCGUGUAAACAUGAUCCUUGAUAACCUGCCAGUGGCGAUGGUCCACUUUGUAAACCGAAUUAAGACUUAUGACCGAGGAUUUCCUGUUGGUCAAAAGCUAUCCUUGUCUGAUUUGAAAAAGCAUGACAAGAAAGACAAGAAGGACAAAUAUUUCAUCUUUAACCACCUCAGCUUCGUAGUGUAUUAUCAUCAAGAUCCUGUUUCCACAGCUUCUCGAAUUGUUGGCUUUGAAGUGGCUCCUCAGAGUGUGAAACACGAGUAUGAAGCUUGGGAAGGCGAGAAGACCAAGUUGAAGUCCUGCAACCCAUCCGAAGCAGCGACUCGUCAACCUCCCCAGGAAGUUGUUGCUGACGGAGAGAUAGUUUUCACUUACGAUGUGAAAUUUGUGCUCAGUGAGGUGAAGUGGGCAUCCCGGUGGGACACAUAUCUACUGACGCAAGAUGACCAGAUCCAUUGGUUUUCAAUCAUCAAUUCCUUGAUGAUUGUUCUCUUCCUUUCCGGCAUGGUAGCCAUGAUCAUGAUGCGAACCCUCCACCGUGACAUUUCAAACUACAAUCAACUGGACACUCUAGAGGAAGCUCAAGAAGAAACUGGAUGGAAAUUAGUACACGGAGACGUUUUCAGACCACCAACCAACGCUGGAUUAUUAUGUGCCUACGUGGGUACAGGAGUGCAGUUCCUGGGGAUGACUGUUGUCACAAUUAUUUUCGCCCUCUUCGGCUUCCUGUCGCCAGCAAACAGGGGCGGGCUCAUGACAGCUAUGCUUCUUCUGUGGGUCUUCAUGGGGUUAUUCGCUGGUUACUCGUCUGCCCGUCUGUAUAAGCAGUUCAAGGGCACCGACUGGAAGCUGAACACUCUGAAGACCGCUUUUAUGUUUCCGGGGGCUGUUUUUGUGGUAUUUUUCAUCUUGAACGCACUUAUCUGGGGCCAGAAAUCUUCCGGAGCUGUCCCCUUCACGACGAUGACUGCGCUUGUCCUCCUGUGGUUUGGAAUCUCCGUGCCGUUGGUCUUCGUUGGGAGUUACUUCGGAUUCAAGAAACCUGCUGUCGAUGACCCUGUAAAAACCAACAAGAUCCCGAGACAAGUGCCGGAGCCGGCUUGGUACAUGCAACCCGUGUUUUCAAUUUUGAUCGGAGGAAUUCUUCCCUUUGGAGCCGUCUUCAUUGAGCUCUUCUUCAUCUUGACGUCAAUCUGGUUGAACCAGUUCUAUUACAUCUUUGGCUUCCUCUUCCUGGUUUUCCUGAUCCUCAUGGUGACGUGCGCUGAGAUUACCAUCGUGCUCUGCUACUUCCAGUUGUGCAGCGAAGAUUACAACUGGUGGUGGAGGGCGUAUUUGACUGCUGGCUCAUCCGCUCUGUAUCUCUUUCUUUACGCUGCCUUUUAUUUUUUCACUAAGCUUGACAUUACCAAGGUUGUGUCGGGGAUAUUAUACUUCGGCUACAUGCUCAUCAUCUCGUAUUCCUUCUUCGUACUCACUGGAACUAUGGGCUUUUACGCGUGCUAUUGGUUUGUGCGCAUGAUCUACGCUGCAGUGAAGAUCGAUUAAACCGGAGCGCUAGGACAGAGUCUGAAUUAAUAUCUUGGGCUACAAAGAUUGUUUUGAGGAUGCGGACGUGGGCCAAUGCUGAUAGUUCAAUUUAUUGUAGGGCGAUUCAACCGUAUGUGACCUAAUAGGUUCCUUACUACAACUGAGAGAAUGGGUUGGACAUGUGUGCAGUAGCUAGUCAUUGCUCUGAAGACACCUGGUACUAGCCCAUCCAGGAUGCUGCAAUUUUUUCUCAGGGCGUUUUGGCCUUAGGGAACUUCUGUCUUUCAUAUACUGGCAGAGCGUGUCACCCCGAGUGUGAAGUAAAAAAGUACAUUUCUGAAGCCACGCUGGUCUUGAUCUCUGCAAGUUUUGUAGUCUAGUCUUCAGCCAACUCUGCCCUUUGGCCAGCUUGAAGCCGUGGGCUGUAGCUUUUCCUGCAACUUGUUAUCGAUUAAUCACUAAUUUCCUUUGAAGCUUGAUUCUCCUGAAA